AUGCAAAUGAAAACAGGUGGAUAUUUUAAGAAAUAUGCUCACUCAUUUAUUUUUCCUAGAAGGACAGGAAGAAAAGGUUUACAAAUAUUGAUGAGUUUAGAAAUAACUUGUUCUAAAUAAAUUAGCCCAAUUUUUUUGAACUCCUAUUCACCGUUAAUAGUUGUUGAUUAAUCAAAUAGAGAAAAAAUUUUAAAUUAUGCAGAACUAUUGAAUGCAAUGUGCGAUUGA